AUGAUGAUCAAGGUAAUCAGUUUAUAUCCUUACCGCUUGUUCCUUUUGUAUUUUAAGGUAUUAAUGUUAGUGACCGUCAUCGGCGCAGUGGCUGCCGAACACGCGUUCUCCUCUCAACACAUUCACAAGCACGACGGUCACCAUGAGACCGUACAUCAUCAUGACCACCACGGUCAUGAACAUCACGAUUACUACACCCACCCCAAAUACGAGUUUGAGUACAAAGUAGAGGACCACCACACUAAGGACCACAAGAGUCAGCACGAGUCCCGCGACGGUGACGCCGUGAAGGGAUACUACGCGCUGCAUGAACCUGACGGUUCCGAGAGACACGUCGACUAUCACAGCGAUAAGCACUCUGGGUAUGGAACACCUUAA